GCUUUGGGGGCAAGAGAAUAAGUAAGUGACGCAGCGUUUAAAUUAUCUCUGAUUUUAUCGUAUGUAUUAUUUUCUGAUUUUAAUUUGAUCAUUUCUAUUUUAAUUUAUACAGUUACAAAUAAUUGAGCCGUUUUAAUCAUGCCAAACAAGUGAAACCUUACAAAAUGUACCUACUUCUUUUAAUUACAUAAAACAGUUUUUAGUUUGCCAAUAUGGCUUUACCUCAUAAAACAUUCAUACCUCAAAAAGCCGUAGUCACGAAACCUAUAAUCAAUUCAUAAUUAUACGUUCUCGGUAAAGCGACAAACAGUUAUUAAAUAUCAAACUAAAAUCUAUUCCCAAUGCCUACUGAACCCCUAAAUUAUGAUAAUGGUGCUUCGAAUUGAUAAUAAGGGUAAUUAUAAACAAUUUCGUAGCAAAAUCACUUGCAGAGCUCAUUAAAAUUGCAAGCUUCUAAAAGCGAUAAAUACGUGCGACUUGUGAAAAGCUUUCGACAUUGUUGAGUUACUCAAAUAAAGCAGUCAACUCAUAACUAAGUGACUUCUUGAAACUUAGAGAAUUUGUUUUGACUAUUUUUGAUUGUAUCAAAUAAGUAUUUAAAAUGAAAAUAAUCUUUAAGGCGUUUGUAAUAGGGUUGUUAUUAGUAAAUAAGGUGGUAUACGCCAGGGAUCUAUCUUGGGCCCAGUUUGUAACGAGAUACGUUGCAAAUGAAGAGAAACCAACUUUUUUGAUUUUGAGUGAUUUAUGUUGGGGUAAAAAUGUAAUUGUGAAUCUUGUGAAUGAAAUAUCGAAGAUCGGAGGCAGAUCGUCAAGCGAAAUAGACAUCGGCUCAAAGUAUACUCACCAUAAUUUACUUUUUCUCAUCGAUUUGGAUUGCCCCGGAGCUAAAGAAAUUUUAACCAUGGUAAAAUAUCGCAAUCUAUUUCGUUCGCCAUACCGCUGGUUGGUCCUCACCUCUUCGGCAGAUCAUGAAAAUAUUGGCGUUUUAAACAAUUUGCCUAUUCUAGCUGACAGCGAUCUUGUGCUAGCUGCGUCUAAUGGCAGUUUCUUUAAACUUGUGGAACUCCACAAGCCGUCGGUCAACGGUUCUCUGGUAUCUUCCCCGCGCGGCUUUUUCAAUGGAUCACUUAUAGAAGUGCGCCCGCAUCGGGAGCUGUAUCGCAGACGACGUGACGUCAUGGGCCAUGCUAUAACAAUUUCUAACGUCAUACAAGACAGUAAUACUACGCAAUACCAUUUAGAGGACCUGAUGGAACCUCAUUUCGAUUCAAUAACUAAGAUCUGUUGGAUGAACGUGAGGCUAGCUUUCGAGAUGUUGAAUGCUACGCCUGGCUACAUAUACAGCUAUCGCUGGGGCUACAAAGUUAACGGAAAGUGGUCUGGUAUGAUCGACGAUCUGUUUUCAGGAAGGGCGGAUUUGGGAACGAAUUGUGUGGUAUCCAACAUAGAGCGACUUGACGUAGUAUCCUACACAGACCGGCUCGCCCCUUUUCGAGUCCGGUUCAUAUUCCGCCAGCCGCCAUUGCCAUACGUCUCCAAUAUAUUCUCCAUGCCAUUCUCCACAAGCGUCUGGAUCGCGAUGUCUGUCUGUGCUAUGAUAUCUACUCUUACUGUGUAUAUCGCUACUAAAUGUGAAUUUAGGGGAAGUAAGGGCCCGACACAAUUGGAUGGAAUCGGUGAUGCGAUGCUGCUGACUUUUAGCGCAAUUGGCCAGCAGGGUUGUGACAUGGAACCAAAAAGGUUGUCAGGUCGAAUCAUGGUUUUCGUGGUAUUCACGGCUCUGAUGGCGCUGUACGCGGCGUACUCGGCGAACAUCGUGGUGCUGCUGCAGGCGCCGUCAGACUCCAUCCGCAGCCUGCCGCAGCUCGCCGGAGCCAAGAUCACGCUCGCCGCAAACGACGUCGACUAUAACCACUUUGUUUUUGGCCUGUACAAGGAUCCUGUACACGUUACAAUACGGAAGAGGAUUGACCCGGAGAAGGGUAAGAAGCAUUUCUAUGAUCUGAAUGAUGGCGUCGAGAGAAUAAGACAGGGUCUGUUCGCGUUCCAUUCAAUAGUCGAUCCUGUGUACAGGCGCAUAGAGCAGACUUUUCUAGAAACGGAGAAAUGCGACCUCAUGGAGGUUGACUUUCUCAACAGUUUGGAUCCCUUCGUCCCUGUGAGGAAGGACUCGCCCUAUAUUGAGCUACUAAGAGUAGUUUUUAAACAGAUCCGUGAAUCCGGGAUCCAGUCAGUGCUAGCUCAGCGCAUGCAGGUCCCGAAGCCGCAGUGCUCCUCGAAGGUGGCUGCCUUCAGCAGUGUGGGGCUCAUGGAACUGCGCCCGGUACUCAUCCUCAUGGUGUACGGCGUCUGCUUGUCCGUGGCCAUCGCUUGUGGAGAAGUCAUAUGGUUUAAAAUAAGCCAGCACAGAAAUUCCAGAAUGACGGCGUUACGUGGAAAUUUCUGAUGUGUCAUUUGCAUUAGACAGUAGGAGCCUUAGCAAAUAAAUAGAUCUGCUUAAAAUAUUUUUUGCCUAUAUAGUUUACGUUAUCUCGCUUUGGUCUUGUUGCUUUAUAAAUUCAAUACAGUAAAUAAUACA